UUUAAAGAGGUCUUCGGAACAGGAACAGCGUCGGUGAAAAAUUUAGCUAUCUGCCUGAGCAAAAUGGUGGCGGUCAAAUUUUUUUUAGUCGGUGCAGUUUUGGUGGCAAUCAUUGUUACAAUUUCACUGGUAUCUCAUCCUGCUGGGUUCGAAUACGAGAAUGAGCCUACUGUGACUGCUGGUGGCUCUAACGAUGGAUCAGAAUCGGACUCAUUUUUCAGAGUCAUUAAAAAAGUUACUCGGAGAUCACUCUUCAAAUUGUGGCCAAAGUCGCCAGUGAAAAAAAAAAAGUGCACGAGUCCUGUCGGUGAAAAAACGGAAGCGAUAAAACUAGAUAAAAAAAAAGGAGUCAUCAAGAAGCUCAAAAACGAGAUUGCCCGCCAACGCCAGCUCAUUGAAAAUUUGACUGCGGAGCGAGAAAAACUUCAUGAAAUCAUCAACGAUUGCAACACGAAAAAUGAUCGAGAACGCCAACGGUGUAGUGACCUCGAAAAUAUUAACGGUAACAUCGAUAGAAGUCUUGCAACCUGCAUCGAAAAAACUAAAACCCAGAGUGAAUCAAUUGAUAAUCUCACCGGCGAGAACGAGAAUCUGAAUGACAGUUUAAUUAAGCUCAAAAACAAGUGCGAUAAUGAUACAAGAAAACUUAAAGCAACCGUAAGCAACAUCAAUGGGAAUCUUGCCAAGUGCAACAAUGAAACUGAGUCUCUGAGGGAUUCAAUCAACAGGCUCACCAUCGAGAAAAGCGAUCUAAACAAUAACUUGACUAGAUGCAACGAUCUAACAAAGUGUCAAGGUCAUUCUAUGGCUGAUCUCACCACCGAGAACAAGAAUUUGAAGGAUAGCUUAAUUAAGUUAAAAAACAAAUGCGAUAAUGAUACAAGACAGUUUAACGCAACUAUAAAUAACAUCAAUGGGAAUCUUACCAAAUGCAACAAUGAAACUGAGUCUCUGAGGGAUUCAAUCAACAGGCUCACCACCGACAAGAGCGAUCUGAACAAUAACUUGACUAGAUGCAACGAUCUAACCAAGACUCAAGGUUAUUCUAUUGCUAAUCUCACCGCUGAGAAGGAUGCUCUAAACGUUAGCUUAAUUGAGUUGGAAAACAAAUACGAUAAUGAUACAAGACAGCUUAACGCAACUAUAAACAACAUCAAUAGGAAUCUUACCAAGUGCAACAAUGAAACUGAGUCUCUGAAGGAUUUAAUCAACAGCCUCACCACCGAGAAGAGCAAUCUGAACGAUAGCUUGAUUAGAUGCAACGAUCUAACCAAGUGUCAAGGAUAUUCUAUGGCUGAUCUCACCACCGAGAACAAGAAUUUGAAGGAUAGCUUAAUUAACUUAAAAAACAAAUGCGAUAAUGAUACAAGACAGUUUAACGCAACUAUAAACAACAUCAAUGGAAAUCUUGCCAAGUUGAACAAUGAAACUGAGUCUCUGAGGGCUUCAAUCAACAGGCUCACCACCGAGAAGAGCGAUCUGAACGAUAACUUGACUAGAUGCAACGAUCUAACCAAGACUCAAGGUUAUUCUAUUGCUAAUCUCACCGCUGAGAAGGAUGCUCUAAACGUUAGCUUAAUUGAGUUGGAAAACAAAUACGAUAAUGAUACAAGACAGCUUAACGCAGCUAUAAACAACAUCAAUAGGAAUCUUACCAAGUGCAACAAUGAAACUGAGUCUCUGAGGGCUUCAAUCAACAGGCUCACCACCGAGAAGAGCGAUCUGAACGAUAACUUGACUAGAUGCAACGAUCUAGCCAAGUCUCAAGGUUAUUCUAUUGCUAAUCUCACCGACGAGAACAAGAAUCUGAAUGACAACUUAAUUGAGCUCCAAAACCAGUGCGAUAAUGAUACAAGACAGCUUGACGCAACUAUAAACAACAUCAAUGGGAAUCUUACCAAGUGCAACAAUGAAAUUGAGUCUCUGAAGGAUUUAAUCAACAGCCUCACCACCGAGAAGAGCAAUCUGAACGAUAGCUUGACUAGAUGCAACGAUCUAACCAAGACUCAAGGUUAUUCUAUUGCUAAUCUCACCGCUGAGAAGGAUGCUCUAAACGUUAGCUUAAUUGAAUUGGAAAACAAAUACGAUAAUGAUACAAGACAGCUUAACGCAGCUAUAAACAACAUCAAUAGGAAUCUUACCAAGUGCAACAAUGAAACUGAGUCUCUGAGGGCUUCAAUCAACAGGCUCACCACCGAGAAGAGCGAUCUGAACGAUAACUUGACUAGAUGCAGCGAUCUAACCAAGACUCAAGGUUAUUCCAUUGCUAAUCUCACUGCCGAGAAGAAUGCUCUGAACGUUAGCUUAAUCAAGCUCGAAAACAAAUACGAUAAUGAUACAAGACAGCUUGACGCAACUAUAAACAACAUCAAUGGGAAUCUUGCCAAGUGCAACAAUAAAACUGAGUCUCUCAGGGAUUCAAUUGACAGGCUCACCACCGAGAAAACCGAUCUAAACGAUAACUUGACUAGGUGCAACGAUCUAGCCAAGUCUCAAGGUUAUUCUAUUGCUCAUCUCACCGCCGAGAACAAAAAUUUUAAGAAUAGCUUAAUUAAGUUAAAAAACAAAUGCGAUAAUGAUACAAGACAGUUUAACGCAACUAUAAACAACAUCAAUGGAAAUCUUGCCAAGUGCAACAAUGAAACUGAGUCUCUGAGGGCUUCAAUCAACAGGCUCACCACCGAGAAGAGCAAUCUGAACGAUAGCUGGACUAGAUGCAACGAUCUAACCAAGACUCAAGGUUAUUCCAUUGCUAAUCUCACUGCCGAGAAGAAUGCUCUGAACGUUAGCUUAAUCAAGCUCGAAAACAAAUACGAUAAUGAUACAAGACAGCUUGACGCAACUAUAAACAACAUCAAUGGGAAUCUUGCCAAGUGCAACAAUGAAACUGAAUCUCUAAGGGAUUCAAUUGACAGGCUCACCACCGAGAAAAGCGAUCUGAACGAUAACUUGACUAGAUGCAACGAUCUAGCCAAGUCUCAAGGUUAUUCUAUUGCUAAUCUCACCGACGAAAACAAGAAUCUGAAUGACAACUUAAUUAAGCUCAAAAACCAGUGCGAUAAUGAUACAAGACAGCUUAACGCAACUAUAAACAAUAUCAAUGGGAAUCUUACCAAGUGCAACAAUGAAACUGAGUCUUUGAGGGAUUCAAUCAACAGGCUCACCACCGAGAAGAGCGAUCUGAACGAUAACUUGACUAGAUGCAACGAUCUAACCAAGUCUCAAGGUUAUUCUAUUGCUAAUCUCACCGACGAAAACAAGAAUCUGAAUGACAACUUAAUUAAGCUCAAAAACCAGUGCGAUAAUGAUACAAGACAGCUUAACGCAACUAUAAACAACAUCAAUGGGAAUCUUGCCAAGUGCAACAAUGAAACUGAGUCUCUGAGGGAUUCAAUCAACAGGCUCACCACCGAGAAGAGCAAUUUGAACGAUAGCUUAACUAGAUGCAACAUUCUAACCAAGUCUCAAGGUUAUUCUAUUGCUAAUCUCACCGGCGAGAACAAGAAUCUGAAUGACAACUUAAUUAAGCUCAAAACCCAGUGCGAUAAUGAUACAAGACAGCUUAACGCAACUAUAAACAACAUCAAUGGGAAUCUUACCAAGUGCAACAACGAAAUUGAGUCUCUGAGGGAUUCAAUCAACAGGCUCACCAUCGAGAAAAGCAAUCUGAACGAUAGCUUGACUAGAUGCAACGAUCUAACCAAGUCUCAAGGUUAUUCUAUUGCUAAUCUCACCGACGAAAACAAGAAUUUGAAGGAUAGCUUAAUUAACUUAAAAAACAAAUGCGAUAAUGAUACAAGACAGUUUAACGCAACUAUAAACAACAUCAAUGGAAAUCUUGCCAAGUGCAACAAUGAAACUGAGUCUCUGAAGGAUUUAAUCAACAGCCUCACCACCGAGAAGAGCAAUCUGAACGAUAGCUUGACUAGAUGCAACGAUCUAACCAAGUCUCAAGGUUAUUCUAUUGCUAAUCUCACCGACGAAAACAAGAAUCUGAAUGACAACUUAAUUAAGCUCAAAAACCAGUGCGAUAAUGAUACAAGACAGCUUAACGCAACUAUAAACAACAUCAAUGGGAAUCUUACCAAGUGCAACAAUGAAAUUGAGUCUCUGAAGGAUUUAAUCAACAGCCUCACCACCGAGAAGAGCAAUCUAAACGAUAGCUUGACUAGAUGCAACGAUCUAACCAAGUCUCAAGGUUAUUCUAUUGCUAAUCUCACCGCCGAGAAGAAUGCUCUGAACGUUAACUUAAUUGAGUUAGAAAACAAAUACGAUAAUGAUACAAGUCAGCUCAAUAAAACGAUUUAUGAAAUCAAACUGAAUCAAACUAUGUCCGAAACCAAUCGACACCGCUGGUGUGUUCUAAAUUUCAAUGCGUCCAAAGAGUUGCAACAGUGUCUCCUUGAUAACGAGGCUCUCCGCGGUACUAUUAUUGAGUUGGACCAACUCAACAUGACCCUAAAUAAAGAGCUUGAUAAGUUGCACGAUAAUAUCUCACUGCUAACAAGAUAUAAGUCAGCAUAUGAGGAAUGUGUAAGAUGGAAGUCUGAGAUGAGCUUGGGAGAGGAAUGGGAGACAAUCAAAUACCACGACUUCCUUCAAGGAUUGCAAUCGUCCUGGUCAGAGUCAAGCAUUGGUUUUUCACAAGCUUGCCACAAUAUGUGCAACGGCACAGGCGUCCCCAUGGAUGAGGUGGCACGUAGAAUACACGAUUGCAUUGAUCAUCGAACACAAUUCUUCCAAAAAUCAGAAAUAAGAUACGAAAACGAAAUGCGUUCAUACCAGCAGCAAAUUGAACAAUUUAAACGGACCAUACAAAACGGGUGUCACAAUACAUCUUCCGUAGUUCCAGUUAAUACAGAAACCAAGCCUAUUCCAACCUGUGACAGUUCGCGUGUACCGCUAAGCAUAUAUAAUUCGUGCCAGAAUAGUCUUUCGAAUCUACGAGGACAGUUAGAGGAGUGCCAACGUACGUGUAAUGUCGCAGAAUAGGUUCAAAUCCCGGAAAUAUGCAAGAGCUAUCUGUAAGCGAUUGUUACCGCCAUCUAGCGAGAGCACCAUAUCGGCCAUGCGUAAAAACGGAGCAUUUUCGUUUCGGAGUUCACCGGUUUCGUGACAUGCGAAUCGUAUUGCCUCAAGAUGGGCGCAUUCGACUUGGGUUAAUAGCGUUAAUAACGCUAAUGGCCGUUUUCUCCGACGCGGUUCAAACUCAGUUCAAUUUUUUUCAUAUAGUUUCGAGAUAGAAUGUACCGAGUUUAAACUCGGUUCAUAUAGCCAUAAAGCGUGUUGGAAUUGGAAUGACUGCGGUGACGCCGGUUGCGUUCACGUCAUGUUCAACUUGGUGCGAUUACAAAAUGGCGGAACCAACAAGUGACCUUGUUCUUUUUCAAUUACUCGACAAAAUAAUAUUGGAUUCAUCAAAAAGUGAAGACAGCGAAUCAAGCAGUAGUACGAUCAUAGAGAUAACAGACGAUUCUCUCUCUGUGGAUGCGUUCAACCACUUGAACAUCGAGAGCGUUGAACACAUAAUUCUAAACGCACUCAUCUAUACAUUUGUAGCGUUUACAACGCCAAGUCGAACGCAAAAUAGCGCUAUUAACGCUAUUAGCGUCCAAGUCGAAUGCGCCAAAGAAAGCGUGUAAAGACAUUUAAUAAACUAUUAGAGUAAAGCAAUAUAUACUACAUUACGCAUCAAACAUCUGGUUCUUACAAUUGAAUUCGUAUAUCUGAGUUUUGAUUAACACAAUCAUGAAUUGGACAUGAAUUGAGUAGAUUUAGUGCAAAUUAGUCAUUAAAUUCGAGCAAUCGUAAGCAGCUUAUAAAUAAUAAAGGUUCUCUAACGAUAUAUUUAACAGAAAUUUCUUAAUAUUUCAGAUUUGAACCAAUGCAAACAUUUUAAGACAUAAUUCAGGUAUAUAUAUAAUAAGAUUGAAUAUUGUAUAUUCAAUCGGGUUGCAUUCGGGUUAUAAGGGCUUAACAAUUGAACACUCUCACAAAUUUUGUCUUCAACCUACUUUUUUUAAGUAAUAAUAAUUUAAUAUUUCUUAGGCCCGCUACACACGGUCAAUAAUAUUGGACAAUAAUAUUGCACAAUAAGUUUGUAUGGUGUGUAGUGCGCCAUAAAUUUAAGAUAGCUCAAACUUCUGUUCAAUGAUUGCGCAAUGUUUCAGUACUACAUCUACACGUUCAAUAAUAUUGUGCAAUCACCUAUAUUGCGCAAUAUUAUUGACAGUGUAUAGCGGACCUUAAAAUAGCGGGGAUUUUUUUUUUAAUAACCAUUUUCAACAACGACCUAUCUCGAAUAAUCUGUGGGGAAUGCUGGUUCCUGAUCGAUCGAUGCGCCGCCUUGUGGCUGCUACAUUUCAAUUACAAGUUGCCGCAUUUAUACUUGGCCAAACUUGGCCGUCGUGAUCUUAAAGUUGAGAAGGAAACGCUUGGGUUCUCUUGUUUUCUUAUGGCCAAUUUUCUUCAGUGUCCAGUAUUGUUUAUGUUAUUGCAAUAAAAAAUAUUAAACAUUCA